CAAUGACGAGAAAAAGCUGGUCAAGCGACGGGGACUCGACCAGGCGGAGUGUGUCUUCCGCGCUCUCUCUUUCCUUCGCGCUUCUCUUCGCUCUUCUGUCUCCACCUUGUCGCUCUCGCUCUGCCUUUCGAAGUCCUCUCCGGCGUUCAUCUGCGCUCUGCGUCCUCUGGACAGGCUUGUCGGGUGUAGGAGGAAGACGAGAGAACCUCCUGGAGAAGCAGCUCGGUGCCGCGAAGAGGGAGGAAGACAUGAAUGAGGAAAAACUGUUUUCCCUCGAGGUCGACGGACAGACGAGGAAAGAGACGAGACAACUCCAACUGCUCUUCGAAGAGAGAACUCUCAGCCAGACCUCCCUUCUUAACUGCGAAACUCCUUGCUCUCCUCUCCGCCUGAAUGAGACUGGCGUUCUUCUCUCGUUUUCUUUGCUUUUCUCCCCCUCGCCUCCUUCUUUCUUCCUCAUUUUUUUCUCUGGAGGGAGCAGAGAGAGAAGCGGACGUACUUCAUCGGCGAAACUUCUGUUUCGCGUCGAGAGACUCCAGGACAGCCAGGAGGCAAACAGCCCCCUCGCUCCCUCCUUCUCUCCUUCAUUUCAACGUUCUUCCGGCCUCUGCAUCGUUUCUUCUUUGGCGGCUCUUUGCUUCGUGCCGCAUCUUCACUUUCAAUUGAAGUCGUUUUCUCCCCUUUAAUAUUAAAGUUUCAGAGGGGAUGGCCUCUCCAGUCCGAAACGAGCGGCUCUCGUCGUCUUUCUCUGCUUUCGCAGUGUCGUUCUCGCUCUUCUUUGUCGACAAUUCCUUUAGAUUCUCGUCCCCAUCCGCCUUCGUCUCCUCUACGGAUUCACCCCCGACAUUUCUCGUCUGAAAAAUCAUGUUUUCAGAGCUGCUUUGCCCAGUUUCCCCGUCCACUGUUCUUUGUCACUGCGACGUCGUUUCUGCUCCACGAGCUGCAUGCGCUUCUAUCAUCUUGCUGGUGUCUGUGAAGCUUCUCUGUCUUCAACAACUCUGCGUCGUUCUGCAGGGGAGACGCUUUCCUCUCUCUCUCCUCCACUUCUGCAUGUCGCGUUCUUUUGCGACAAGAGGUUUUUCGACUGGUUCUCCCUUUGCUGUUUUCUCUUCUGUGCAGAGAGGAACGGCUGUGCGUACCCUCAAAGGUAUCGAUGGGAGAGAAGCGACACAGGAGGAAAAAGAGGAGAUCAGUCGUUCAUCCCGCUCCCCCUUUUAAAGCGUCGUCUUUCUUCUCCCUCGUCUCGUAGCUUCUUGCCUUCUUCUCCGUUUCCUCUUCUUCGCGCUGCUCCUCGCUUUGCCUUCUUGCAAUCCUCCAACUCGGGGGCGAAAGGCUCGUCCCUCAGUUUCGCUGGCACUGAGGGAGAAGGGGAGAGAGAGGAAGACGAGAGAGAAGACUGCGCAGAGGAGAAGAAACAGACAACGAUGAAGAAACAGAGAAUGCGGCGAACGCGCGCGCGGGAGAGAGACCGAGAGAGACCAGAGUCACUUGCAGGAGACGCUCGAAGAGGAACGACUCCAAAAGAGACUUCCGUUUGUCUCCCCUCUUCCUCCAGAAGGUAGAGGGAGAAACGAAGGAGACCCAGAUGCGCGCGCGCGUGAGAAAGAGACAGAGAGUUGGUUACGCCAGGACGGCAAUCUGUGAACAGCGCAAAGAAGAACAGUGGCACAGGAGACUGUAGAGACACACCGGAGCCUCGACGCUUGAUCUGCAACUCGACAAUCUCUCUUUUUCCUCGUCCUCCUUCCUCUCCCUUCUCUUCUUUCGCCUUCCUCUUGUCCAGAUUCCACCUGCUUGAUUCCCUCUUCUCUCGUCUCCCCUGUCUCCUCCCUCCUCAUCUUUCGUCUCCUCCUGCCCCUCGCUCUUCUUUGUUUUUCUUUCUCCUCUUUCUUCUUCGUUUCCCCCUCCACCGCUUGUUCGUCUUUUCUUCGAGAUGUCUGUGUCGCCUCCGUCGCCGUCGAAGCCUUCGUCGCCGUCGAAGCCUUCGUCGUCGCGCGGAAGCCGUCGAGGGCGGUUCACAUCCGCAGAGAAGGCGAAGAUUCUCGCGGCUCUCGAGGAGUACGCGGGCGCCUGGGGGUACGGAUCGGUGAAGGAGGCUGUGGUGGACCUGUGCGAACCUGCGCGUCGCGACUCCACGCGCACAGCUGCGGCGAAGCGAGACAGGUUCGCGGCGCUCGCGCGCUGUCUCCCCGAUCGACCUCCGUCCUCCGUCUACCUCUUCGUCCGACGGACGCUCUCCGUCGCGCUGCAGGUGAAGAAGAAGGGUGCGUGGAGCAGCGAAGAAGUCAGGACGCUGGUGGAACUUGAAAAGGAGCUUCGAACUACGCAUCCUGGCGACCGCUUCGCGAGGAUCGCACAUGCGCUGAACAGAACCGCCUGCGGUGUGUACGACAAGUGGAAGGAGUUGCAGCCUCGCCUCCUCGCAGUGGAGGAAGAGAAGAAGAGAGGAGAGAGGCUGGACGAACGGAGUGGAGAGGACCGGGAAGCUGGACCGCUUGGCGCGGAAGCUCGUGGACAGGCCGACAGCGAAGAUCCCGAAGGAAGGACAGAGGCUCGAGGAGGUUUGCCUCGCUCGGCCGAGGAGGCCGGCCAGCUUGCCCUCGCUGACCUGCCAACUGCCGGAGAGAAGGACUUGGCAGAGGGGUGUCUCGCGAGUUCUGGGGCCUCCAGCAAGCGGAAGCGACGAAGAGAUGUCCGGAGAGAAGAAGCGCGGCGCUACCAGGCACUCCUGGACGCGCCGGAGGCGUUGCCGGCGACGACGCUUGUGCUGUAUCGCAGACCGACGAGCAUUCCGGCCUCGCACCUCGCUGCGCUGUGGCAGCAGAUCCAAGAAGUCUCUGGGGAGACACUGCCUGCAUGCGGCGUCAAGUGGAGAUACCUCCAGUCGCGGUUCUAUCCGCAGUCGACGGCCUCGCACCUCAGACUCCAGUACACCUUCAACAUAGUGCCUGUGGAGCUCGCCAGACGCAUGGGCGUCCCCUCCGCGCUCCCCGUGCUGCUUCGCCGCGCCGUCCGGUGUAUGUACACCCGACUGAAGCGGGAGAGUGCGGCGCGGCGCGCGCGCGCCUUCGCUUCCGAGGGCGCAGGGCGCGGCGAGCGGACUGCGAGCAAGGUGGAACUGCUGGGUCUGGAGUGCAUGGCGGACGGUGCAGGGCAGGGUGCAGGGCAGGGUGCAGGGGAGGUGCGGGACGCAGGGGAGGCGCGGGACGCAGCCGGGACUUUCGGCGAGCACUCGGAACUGAAUUGCAUGCGCUCAGAGCCUGCAGAGGAGAGUCUGAGUGGCUUCACCGACGUCGCCUGUCUGGACAUCGCGCCCUACUGUCCCCCCGCGCUCCUGACCUGGGCGUUCAGGAACACGGUGAGGUCAAUGUGCCCACCGAAGGAAUGUUCUUUCGCGGAGCGCCGCGGCCGGAAGGUGGAGAACGGCGCGGGAGCAGAAGCAGAAGGGCAAGGCCCAACGUUGGGGGAGAGCAGCGAGGAGGACAGGAGGAAGGGAAGGAGACUGCGAGACUAUCCUGCGUUCCGGAGACUGAAGUUCGCGCCGGGUGAGCGGCUGAGUCUGGCGCAGCAGACGCGCCUUCUCGCCUGCCACUUGAAGAUGCUGGGGAAACGCGUGAGCAAGCGGCGAGACGAGUUUCUCUUCCUCAGGGGCGCCCUGACCUGCGAGGACUUGGCUGCCGCGGUGCGGCGCGCCAUUCGCAGACGCGCGAAGAAACGCAGCGAGACCGAGACGGAGAGAGAAGAAGAAGAAGAAGAACACGAGGCGCAUGCGGAGGGCAACUCGGCUGCGGCGAGAGACGAACGAGGAAAAAGAAAAAGACUCGCGCAGGCGGCUGCUCGCGACAGAAAGAAGAGAAGACGCGGCGCAGGUGAAGUCCGAGAAGGCGAGGAAAAACGCGAAGAAGCAAAGCAGGAAGCAGAGCAGGAAGCACAGCGAGAGGAGGAAGAAGACGAGCGAGAAGAAGAAGACGAACGAGAAGAAGAAGGGGGAGAGUUCACGGAUGGAGUCACCGGUGGGGAUUCGUCGUCGGAGAGUGAGGACGAGACGGAGGAAGACCGGAGACUGGAGGCUGAGGAGCAAGAGAAAGAGCGCCUUUUGGGGGAAGAAGAGAAACAGGCAAAGUGGCGAGAGGAGGCGCGACAGCUGGGGCGUCGGGGAGUUCUCGCGGUGCUGAGGAAGAAGGGAUGCAAAGAACUGAAGCGCCUGAAAUCUUACAAUGAAAGAUUCUUCACAUUUGGCCGAAAGGACACCGGCGCAACGCACGCUCUCGUACCUGUUGUCGCUGGACGCGAAGUUGCCUCUUCGCUUCCGUUGCUCGGACUGGGGGAAAACAAUUCGCCGCUUCUCUGCACCUCUCCGUCUCCGGUGUCGCCUGUCUCGUCUCCAGGGCGGAGCAAGAAGAGGACGGCGUCGAGCAGGCGAGAAGGAGGAGGCCGAGAAGACUCCAGUUCGCAGACACUUGCCAUCUGCGACAGAGACACCGACGUCGCAGACGAACUGGACGAAGAGGAAGAGACAGAAGCUCUCCGAGGCGAAGAAGGCGCAGAAGCAGACGGAGUGGAGGAAGAGGAAGAGAGAGAAGCUCUCCGAGGCGAAGAAGGCGCAGAAGCAGACGGAGUGGAGGAAGAGCAUGGAGAAGAGACAAGACAGAGUGGCAAUGAGGGGGAGGAGACACGAGAGGGAAGUUGGAGGGCGUCAGGAGCGGGAGAAGAGACAGAGGCAGAAGGGAAGACGACGAGAAGAGAAGACGAGGAAGAGUCGAACGAGAAGAGGACUGGGGAGUGUGCAGAGAAGAAGAGAGAAGACGAAGUCUACGUGACGACGCCUAAGAAGCGGAGACGGAGGGGCGACGGCGAGGCGGGAGACGAGAGGGAGAGUGAGCAUGCGAGACGAGGGGGACAGUUUUCGAGAGAAGAGAAAUAUUGUUUGGAGAUUCGCAGAGAAAAAGCAAACACAGAAGAGACAGAGAACGUCUCGCUCGACGAAGAGACGACCGCAGAGAAGAGACGCGUGAAGCCAGUUCUCGCGCCUCCUGCUUCGGCGCCUGAGGAGAAGAGACGAGCGGAAGAAGAAAGGGAGAGCCGAGAGAAGGACGAAUCAACAGAAAGAGACAAAGAGAGGAAAGAGGCGGAAGGAGACGCAAAAGAAGAACAAGAGCGACAGGGAGAUGUGCCAGAAGACUGGAGAGGCGACGGUGCACUCAUGCUCACUGUCUCUGACGAAGAAGACGAGGAAGAAGAAAAGGAAGCGAAAGACAAAGAGGAGAAUGAAGAGGAAGAGGAGGAGGAAGAAGAGGUAGAAGAACAGAAGAACGGUGAACAAAAAGAGGGGGAAGACGUACAAGAACGUACGAAAGCAGACCAAGAAGGCGAACAAGAACAACAAGACGGAAGACAAGAAGAGGAGCAGGGAGACGAGAACGAAGCACAUGAAGACGGGCACCACAAAGAGACGAGAGAAGGAAGAAAGGAAAGAGAAGUCGAGACAAGAGAGAAGGGCGAUCGUGAAGGACAGAGAAGGGAAAACAGCGAAGACGAUGCAGAAGAAGAGAGAGAAGAACGGAGAGAAGAAGAGAAAGAAGAACGGAGAGACGAAGAGAAAGAAGACCGGAGAGAAGACAGAACUGUUGGUACAGGACAUGACCGCCCUGAGCAGCAGAGACAGGAGUUUGAGGAAGAGAGGAGAAAACAGGAUGAGCAUGAGGAGAAACGAGCAGAGACGAUUGAGAAGCGAAAGAAGGCGAAGGAGAAGAAGAAGAGACACAGCAAGGAAAGCCAGAUCUCAAGGGAAGAGGGACAUCGAAGUGAAGAGAAGGAUCUCGAUGCCUCCGACCUCGACGGAGGCGCUGCAAAUGUGGAAAACAACAACUCCUUGCUAGGAAUGCAGCAGCAAGAACAUGGGGUGUACGAGAAGCGACAGAAGAAAGACAGAAAAGUGAAAAAAGAUAAGGGAGACAAGGAAGACAGAGAAGAAAGAAGACAGAAAGACAACGAAGAGGAUAGCACUGAGAGAGGAAGAUCAAGGGAAGACGAUGAAACGUCGCUGAAGAAGAAGGAGAAGAAGAAGAAGAAGAGAGAGAAGCAUCUUCUCGCAAGCGAGGACAUGCAGUCCUCGGAGAGUUUGUGUAUCUCUGGGGCUUCUCAGCGUGGUUUCGAAGAGCAGACAAUUUUUGGAAGAAGGACAGAGACGGACUUAGGAGAGGAGAAACCUCCUUCGAUUCGCGGCGGUUUGGAGGUUGAGGAAUCUUUUGCAAGUCUUCCAAGGGAUGAGGAAGAAGACAAUGCAGAAGAGCAGGAAAGCGUGAGCGAAGAAGCCUUGGGACCGACCGUAGAACGCGUGGAAGAGAGGAAGACGGUGAAGAAGAAGAAGAAAAAGAAGCGCAGUCUUGAGUCUUCAGAAGCUCGUGCAAGCGGCCCUUGCGUCCAGGAGCAGACCGAAGGCGAGAGAGGAGAAGACAAAAGACGAGAAGAAACCGAAAAGAGGAGAAAAGGACAGGAGGGGAGAAAAGAGAGACGCGAACGAAGUCAUGCAAGAGAAGCGAGAGAAGCGAACGAGGUGUCUGUCGACGGAACUGCCUGCGUUGAAGCUCUUCACAAAGAAGAGAAGCAGAAAGAGGACUCGAGAGAGGACGGAGACAAGCGAGGUGGUGACUCAAGUGCUAAGAAGAAGAAGCGAGCGAAAUUUGCUGGGGUCGCAGAAGACCUCGCCAGCGCCUCAGGUUUCCCCAGCAUGUCAUCCAAGGAGGCAGAGAAACCAUCAGCAGAAGCGGGAGGCGAGAGACAAGAUAGAAGCGAAGAAGAUCCAGAGCUCGAACUGGGUCUCUCUGCGCCAGUGCGCUGUGACGAAGACUCUUCCUCACGAGAUCAAACGCGACGCGUAGGAGAAGACAGACGAAGGGAGGACCAGAAGGACGAAGGAGAGAGACAGCAAGUAGUUGAAGAAGAGAAAAAGAAGAAACGCGUCCGGUUUCGUGAGGAGGCGACAGGGAGGCAUGGCUUCGAGACUGAAACCUCCGUGGUCCAGAGGAACUUUGCUUGCUCUGGCAGCGACGACGGUGUCUCUUUCGGUGUCUCUUUGUCGACAGCAGAGAAUUCAGGUGCAGGAGGGGUGGAGCGAGACUCGGACGAAAGUGGAGAGGUCAUGCGUCGACACGAGGGUGUGCAGGGAGAGUGUCUCCUUUCGGCAAGCGUCCUUUCGGGAGAGAAGAAGAAGAAAGACAAGAAGAAGAAAGACAAGAAGAAAGAGAAGAAGAGAGCUCGCGACAGGGGAGAGCGCGAGACGGAGGAGGAAGAACAGGACGGAUGUUCAGAUGAGGCGAAAGACCGGAAACAACUCAAGGCGCGAAAAGGAGACAGGAUCCGUGAGGCGUAGACGGCAAGCGAGCGAGAAAGCAACCGCAAAGGCGGAUUCUCCAAAAGGAAAAGAGGAAGAAAGAGAGGAGAAGGUGGGCAGCUGACCCAGAUAAGAGUGUCAAAUUGAAGGCGAAGAAAAACAUCCAGAAGAGGGAGAAAACGGAGAGAACAAUUCAGUUCGACGUGAACUGAUGAUGAACUCUCAAACGCUGUUCUGCCCUUGCAUUGCAUUCGAGUCUGCACCCUCUUUACCUAUAACAAAUAUACAAGUAUACAGAUGUACCUCUGGACCUGUCAAGGCGUACUGGUGUACUGGUGAUGAAUGAGUCUCUCGAUCGAAAGCACUGUGUUCGUCACGCCAAGUAGAGGAUCAGAGAACAGGCAGUGUUCAUUGUCUCUUUUUCACGUUUGUCAUGUCCUGCUUUUUCUUGCGUUGUCAUGCCUGUCUGCGGUUGUUUUCAAUCCGCUCUGUCCCCGACCUCUGCUGUGGAAAAUUCGUUUUUGGCUUAACAUUCGUGCAUCAUGCACUGAAUUCCUUUUUCUCUUUGCGGUACCGAGUAGCCGCUGUUGCUGUCAGGAGCGUUCAGGGAACACACGCUAAGGCAGUCCUGUUGGCUGAACUUCGCUGGACAAAGAUAU